AUGCGGCUCAGCCAGGUCGAAGCUCAGCUGCAGAUCGAAGUGGCCCGGGCCACAGAGUUUGGCGCUUGGACAGCAGAGCUGCAAGAAGCGAUCAGAUCUAAAUGCAAGUCUUUGCAUCCGGAUGCCCAGGCGCUGGUGACCAAGAUCCUUGACAAGUCCGUGGAAGAGCUGCGGAGCACGCCGCUCCCGGCAGUGGAGUCCUCGUCCUCAUCUUCGUCCUCAUCCUCUGCUGCGAUACAGGCGCUGCAGCAAGCUCUCAAGGUGGAAGUCAUCUUGACCGCCCAAGAUGGCUCGUUGCGGAUGCGUCGCCUGGUGCGCCUGGUGCAGCCUAUUCCGGAGAGCGAGUACUACUGCGAUCAGAGCCGGCACGUGGUCGUCCAUGCGAUCGCCAGGCACAUUGAAGAUGAAGAUGCGGAUGAGGUCUUGGCCGACCUGCAGAUCUGUGAGCAG